CCGCUCCGCGCCCUAAUUCGCCGCGACGCCGCCGCUUUCUUCCCGUGCUCUCGUCAACACCGGCGCAUCCUCCUCCUUCUCCUCCUACUCACUGGUUGUCUGGCUCCGUCCGAUGGUUGCCACGGAGAAGAAGGAGCAGGAGAAGGAUGAGGGGCCCUCGAGCCGCGUGCCGCACCUGCCGUGGAUGCGGUACCCCGUCGACAUCGAUGGCUUCUCCGGCUGCCCCGUCGCGCGCCUCCCCCGCCUCGACCCCAGAUUGGCAGAGGCAGUGCAGAGAAUGGGAAUCGAAUCAUUCUUCUCUGUUCAGGUCGCAACAUGGCUAGAAACAAUUGGCCCUGGUGCUUUUGAGAGGGAUAUCUGUAUCAAUUCCCCAACUGGAUCGGGUAAAACUCUCGCUUAUGCCUUGCCUAUUGUGCAAAUGCUCUCCACUCGGAAAGUAAGGUGCUUGCGUGCUUUGGUUGUGCUGCCUACACGGGAUUUAGCAUUGCAGGUUAAAGAGGUCUUUGAUGCUAUUGCUCCUGUGGUGGGCUUAUCAGUAGCUUCAGCAGUUGGUCAAUCAUCCAUAGCAGAUGAAAUCUCUGAUCUUAUCAAGAAGUCCAAACAAGAGCUUUACGCAACUCUUGACGAAGAAUAUGUCGAAAUGGAACCACAGACUAAAGUUGAUAUUUUGGUGGCAACUCCUGGAAGGUUGAUGGAUCAUAUUAACAUGACAAAAGGUUUUAGUCUGGAGCAUCUUCAAUACCUGGUUGUUGAUGAGACGGAUAGGAUGUUAAGAGAGGCAUAUCAAUCCUGGUUGCCAACAGUUAUCCAGUUUACUCGCUCGACUAAUCAAAAUCACCCCUGGCGUGACACUGCCGGGCAAACUCUAUUACAUCCAUUGACUACCAAUCGAAGAUCGGGUGUCGAGCGAGGGUUUAAAGGUAAAUGCUAUCCAAGACUGGCAAAGAUUGUUUGUUCUGCUACACUGACUCAAGAUCCUAGCAAACUUUCUCAGCUUGAGUUGCAUCAUCCCUUAUUGUUGAAUAGUGGGAAGAAGCGUUACAGAAUUCCUACAAAACUGGAGUCCUACAAGCUGAUCUGCACAACAAACUUAAAACCACUGUGUCUCAUUGUUCUUCUCCAAGAGCUGCAUGGGGAGAAGUGCUUGGUUUUCACUUCAUCGGUAGAAUCAAGUCACAGACUAAGUACUUUGCUGGGAUUUUUCGAAGACUUACCCUUUAAGUUUAGUGAAUUUUCACGUUUGCAGCGGGAAUCUACUCGAAGGAAGACACUUGCAGAUUUCAAGGAAGGCAAAAUAGAUGUUCUAAUUGGUACUGAUAUAAUGGCUCGAGGGAUACAUAUUGAUGGCUUGAAAUAUGUUAUCAACUAUGAUAUGCCGCCGUACGUGAAAACAUACAUCCACCGAGCAGGUCGAACUGCUAGGGCAGGUGAAUCUGGUUCUUGUUUCACGCUUUUAAGGAAACACGAGGUUAAAACUUUUGACAAAAUGCUAAAAAAGGCAGACGAUUCUAGCUGCAGUCUGCGCUCACUACCCGACGAAUCAAUUGAAACCUUUCGCCCAGUUUUUUCCAGUGCUCUAAAGAAAUUGGAAGAAUCUCUGGAACCAGAAGCAUCAAAGAAAUCUAAGUCAGGAGAUAAAAUACCAAAGUCUUCUAAAAGAAAGAGAACCAUCCAGACGUGAAGUAAUACAUUAGUUGAAGUUCUAAGUUAUUCUCCUUAAGAUGUUGCAUCUGCAUUUGGUAUACAUAGAUUUGCUGUGCUGAUUGCCACACUGCCUUCACCAUUUUACACUUCAGGAAGCAAUGUCCAUCAUCCUCAUUGAGAAGAUGACAUACGGGGCAGAUUUUAUCAAGUAUCAACAUCCAUGCCUCAUCCCAUCAAUUUUAUUCUCAAAGAUGAACUAUCAUUUUCUAAUUGGCAUAAAAAGUGAAGUACCUUGCCAAGGAGAGGUAGAGCCCCACAAUUUCCUCCAAGGGAGACUGCUAUUUCCUUCUAGUAUGUUAUUCAAAGCUGAUGUCAGUUUAUGUGAAGACUCACCAGCUUGGCAAUUACAACUUUUUCUUAGGGAUGCAAUAGCAACUUGAAGCUGAUUUCACUGUACACACCCCCUGUCAAAGUGCCAGGCUAUGAAAUCUUUAGCAUUUUCUUGUAUCUGUAUUUGAAGAAUAGCUUGCACAUCAUCCCUUUCAAAUAUUUAGCAUUUGCGCAUAUUCCACACAUCUUUGGGUAAUUUUGGCCCCUGACAAUUCUAGAACAAUUCUAAAACAGACUCAGUAAAGAUAAUCCAAAACAA